AGUUUCUUUAACCCGUCUGUCUUUUCUAAUGGCUGGGAAGAUCCCCUGGAACAUUUUAGGCUCGCUAAAUCAAGACAAAAAUCUGGUUUUGUUUUAUCGAAGCUCUGGAGACCAAAAGGUUGUAAGACUAAGAAUAGGUUCUGGAGUUUCCAGCAUCCCUCUCGCUGAAUCCCUUUGAUGGAGGUUUCUUCUCCAACGCCAUGCAUGCCUGCUCCUAAUGGCAUCUCUUUUAAUUAUCUCCAAGGCUCAGCCGCUGGUCCACUCAGAUAAGCUUCAGUAUUAUAUUACUAGGAGUGUGUGCACCGUCUAUUGUCUCGUCAAUUUGCAGCCACUCUCACACCGAGUCCAGCUUCUGUGGCGUUCACUUUCAGCCUCCAAUUAUUACCAUCAUAUCUUCAGUUUAAUGUGUGCUUCCUGCUGACCUAAGAGCAUUUUUUUUAUUUUUUUGUUAGCAGGUCAGUUUCUGAGUCUUCAGGCUGGAGGGAGCAGAAAUAACCUUAAACCCAUCAAAGACAAAGACGUCUGAGUGACGGCUGCUUUGUACUAAGACUGAUAAAGUUACAUAAUAAAUAUUCUAGUUGAAUGUGUCCCCCUUUUCUGGGGUUACACAGUCCAGCCCUCAUACCCCUCUUUCCUUCUGACAGAAUAAACUAAAUGAAGCCGGACUGCAGGGCAACAGAUGGACAAACAUGAGCACAAAAAUGCUCGCUCCUUUCUUGGGAGAGGUGCUGCACACACACAACAGAUUUCAAUGGCUUGCUCUCACGCUGCUGUGAGUCUCUGAAUUUUCCUCCUCAUAGCCUCUCUUCAUAUCCCUCCCACCACAUUCACUCGCUCCCGCUCUCCCUCUCUUUCCUCUCAUCUCUCGCCUUUGUGCUCUAUCUGGCUUUUUGCUUAGCGCAAGCCAAACAGAUGUAAGUUUAAUCCAGGGAACAGUCAAAGCUGGGAAGUGAAACUGAGGCUGUCCCUUUUUUUUUUUUUUUUUUUAUAACCAGUGUGCCAUUGUGUUGAGAGAAUAUGCAUCAGCCGGGGCAACUGUCAGGACGGACUUAAAGAUGAAAAGCUGCUUCAUUUUCUCCAUUUCUUUGCGUGGAUUUAUUAGUUAUCUUGAUUGAAGCUUACUUUGAAGGAAUCUGACUGUUGUGAGGAAUGGAGGAACAAUCUGAAAGGACAUUCUAACAACUUCUACUUUCUGGUUUUUGUUUCACUGGACUCUCUUUGAGUUUCUGGUUUUAUACACCUGCUGUCCAAGAGAAUCGAUGGUGUUCUUCCUUCAUCUGCACUUCCUUUGAUAGGAUUUUUAUUUCAUCAGUGAUUCAUCAUCCUUUUUUUUUUUUUUUGCAGCUUAGCAUUGUGAGCUCAGCACUCAUUUUAAAAAAACGAGGCAGUGAUUUCCAACAAAACUGCAGUGUUGGUUUCGGAGCAACAGCAUCUUCCGGACGGAACCGUCUCCUCAUUUGGAGAGGACUUUUCCCACCGCGGGGAGUAUUUCAUAUCUGAUUUACCCGCAGAAGAUUUUAAUUAAAAGCCUCUCACUCGGACUGUCAGCCGGAAGCCAGGAUGCAGGUGUCAUUAGUGUGCACGGAUCACCGCGGGGGGGUGAGCCGGAACACAGAGGACCGUCUGAACCGGCAGAACGCCAACAGCCCCAGCACAGGCACCCGCAGCAAGUUCCGAGCCGUGGCCAUGGUGGCUCGAAGUCUCGGGCAACUCUCGGUUCAGAGCGUGCCCUCCUCCAGCGAGCAAAGUGUCAAGACUGGCAUGAAGUAUAGAAACCUUGGGAAGUCGGGUCUGCGGGUUUCCUGUCUCGGAUUAGGAACAUGGGUGACGUUUGGUGGACAGAUAACGGACGAGAUGGCAGAGCAGCUGAUGACUCUGGCCUAUGAAAAUGGCAUCAAUCUGUUUGACACAGCAGAGGUCUAUGCUGCUGGGAAGGCGGAGGUGGUGCUCGGGAACAUCAUAAAAAAGAAAGGAUGGAGACGUUCCAGUUUGGUGAUCACAACAAAGCUCUUCUGGGGUGGAAAAGCUGAGACUGAAAGAGGCUUAUCCCGAAAACACAUUAUAGAAGGUUUAAAAGCCUCACUAGAAAGACUUCAACUAGACUAUGUGGACGUGGUUUUUGCAAACAGACCAGACCCUAACACACCUAUGGAAGAAACGGUUCGAGCGAUGACGCAUGUGAUAAAUCAGGGCAUGGCCAUGUACUGGGGGACAUCCCGCUGGAGCCCGAUGGAAAUCAUGGAAGCAUAUUCUGUGGCGCGGCAGUUCAACCAAAUUCCUCCAAUCUGUGAGCAAGCGGAGUACCACAUGUUUCAGAGGGAGAAGGUGGAGGUGCAGCUCCCUGAGCUCUUCCAUAAGAUAGGUGUGGGGGCCAUGACGUGGUCUCCUCUGGCCUGUGGGAUCAUCUCAGGGAAAUACGACGGCAGGGUGCCUCCUUUCUCUCGGGCGUCUCUGAAGGGCUACCAGUGGUUGAAGGACAAGAUCUUGAGCGAGGAGGGCCGGCGUCAGCAGGCGAAGUUGAAAGAGCUGCAGGCAAUCGCGGAGCGGCUGGGCUGCACUCUGCCCCAACUCGCCAUCGCGUGGUGUCUACGGAAUGAGGGGGUGAGCUCCGUGCUUUUAGGGGCGUCCAACACCGACCAGCUGAUGGAGAACAUCGGAGCGAUACAGGUUCUUCCCAAGCUGUCGUCGUCCAUCACACACGAGGUGGACAGCAUCCUGGGGAACAAGCCGUACAGUAAAAAGGACUACCGCUCCUAACGCGCGGCUUCGGCUUCGGCGCCGCCCCGCCCGGCCUGCAGCCGCAGUCCCCCACCUUUGCCUGAUCCUCUGUUUGCUUGAGCUUUUACUGAGUGAGACCCUGGCGCAUGAGUCUGGCCCCACCAAGGCCACGCAGGGCACCUCAUUUAGAGUUACAAGGAUAAGUUGAGAAAAGGGUGGGGGGGGCAGAAGUCACCUCCACAGAGCAAGGACGGGAUAAACAAAGAGAGACGGACAGCAGUGAAAGAGGUUAGGGAUACGCGCUCAUACGUAAAUCAGUUAUACAUUCAAUCCUGCUGAACAUAUGUUAAAAACCAUAGAGAAUAAUUACAACAUUUAAAAGAAAAAAAAGAAUAAAUAAGCACACGCUUGCUUGGCAGCCAGAUUUCUAUUUUUUGUUUAUUUUCUAAAAGGGAAUGCAGCUAAAGAGAAGCUCAUAGUAUGAAUAAAUGAGAAAAUAUUGUUGCACAUGUACCUUAGCCAUGCAUUUGUUCCUGAGACGCUGCGUUCGCUGGAACAGGCGUCCAGGUUCCUCUGAGAGUCGUCGACAUGACCAGCCCAGUCCGGGCUUCAAAUAUCAGCACUUUAGUACUGUCAGUAUGGGGGGUAGAGAGGAUGGUCUUAAUGUAGUCUUAUCUCACAGCCAUUGCACUAUAGAAUCACGUCGCCUCCCGAUGGUUCCGCUCCUCGUCCUCCCUCGGCGUGUCUGUCCAGCCCAACGCUGCCCUCUGCUGGGGAGCCGCAGAUCCUCCGCCGCGCCGGAGCUCCAGCUGGGGCAAAAACGUUCAUUUAACCCCCCGACAGCCGCAGUCGAGUCCCCCCGCUUCACUGUGUGUCCCUCUGCGCAGGGAGGGAUCCCUCCUCACCCGAACCCCCUCCUUGAUCAAGUUUUGUUCAAGAAUUUUGCCUUAUUUUGCAGUUGUGCUUCGGGCUUUGGCGUAGAGGAGCAGCGCGACAGCUCAGGGAAUGAAGCCGGCGGUUUCAAGCGGUCAGGAAGUUGUGCUCUGUUGUCUUCUCUCGUGUGUGUGUGUGGGGGGAGCAGUAUCUCUUAAGCGUGGCUCGAGCCAAAGAUAUUUUUCUUUAUCUGUAUUCAUCCUCCGGCGAUCACUUCCUGCAUUAUAGAAAGCAUCUUGAAGCAUGUGCUGCCCAGCUUCUUACACAUCUUUGUACUCCAUGUAUACCUAUAUAUCUUGACCUAACCAAGCUCUUCUUGCAGUUAAGAAAAUAGUCCUUCAUAUGCAGAAGGCAUAGGAACAGCUUUAGGAUCGGUAAGGUUCGUUUCCGGCAGCAGAGUAUUAUUGCAGACUGUGAUGCCACCCUGCAUCAUUCUUUGUCCUUCGGGUGCUCUCUUACUGUGAUUUAAGCACAAGUGAAUAGCAUGUGGAACAUCCUCUCAGCAUGGACCUUCUUCACCCAGCCUACAGUACCUACGGGACAAGCAGGGUGAUGCUUCUCAGCUUACUAACGCGUGUAGAUAACCAGUCUGUGCUAAAAGUGGUGGGAUAAUCAGAUGAUACUCGUAGGUUACUUUGACGGCAGCAGAAUCACUGAAGGUCUGUGCUGCUGCUCCAGAAUGUGUGCGAGUACGAAAGGGUUGAAUUAAUACCCCCUCUCACCCUGUUGUGGUAGUUUCUGUGUGCCUGAAAAAAAAUAAUCAAACAGGCUUUGUUUGUUUGUGAAGUUCAUGCAGGGAGCGGAGAAAAAGUCUGAGAUCUCAAAGGAAAAUAAGGGGGAAAUAAAUGAAUCUUAAGAAAGGAAA